AUGUCUGUCACCAAGAUUGCUAGUCUUCUUCUUGGCUCGGCCGCUAUGGUCGCCGGUCAUGGUUAUGUCUCCGGUGCCGUUGUGGAUGGCCAAUACUACGGAGGAUACAUCGUCACCUCCUACGCUUACACCGACAACCCCCCGGAGACCAUUGGAUGGUCGACCAAAGCCACUGACUUGGGCUUCGUCUCUCCUAGCUCCUUCUCUGAUCCAGACAUUAUCUGUCAUAAGAAUGCGCAACCCGGUGCCAUCUCUGCUUCUGUGGCAGCUGGUAAGGACGUUGAGCUGCAGUGGACUGAAUGGCCGGAGAGCCACCAUGGCCCUGUCAUCACCUACUUGGCCAACUGCAACGGUGACUGCUCUGAGGUCGACAAAACCUCUCUCGAAUUUUUCAAGAUCGAUCAGAAGGGUCUCAUCGAUGACAGCGAUGUCCCUGGCACAUGGGCUACCGACAACCUGAUAUCCAACAAUAACAGCUACACCAUCACCAUCCCCAGCGACAUUGCCGCCGGUAACUAUGUCCUCCGUCACGAAAUCAUUGCUCUGCACUCCGCUGGCAACGAGGAUGGUGCCCAGAGCUACCCCCAGUGUCUCAACCUCAAGGUUACUGGUGGUGGCAGCGCUUCUCCCUCGGGUACUCUUGGUACCAAGCUAUACAACGAGGAUGACCCCGGUAUUCUUGUCAACAUCUACCAGCAGCUUGACUCCUACGACAUCCCCGGCCCUGCUCUGUACUCUGGCGCUUCCUCGUCCUCCAACUCUGGCUCAUCUUCCAGCAGUGCUUCGGCCACUUCUGUCGCUGCUUCCUCUGCUUCGUCCUCUCAGACAUCCGCCACCCCUGCUUCCCAGGUCAAGGCCCAGGCCUCUAGUUCAACUCCUAGCGCUUCGUCCGUUGCCACUUCUGGCAGCUUGUCUGACUAUUUCAGCUCUCUGAGCGCUGAGGAGUUCCUCAACGUUAUCAGCGAGACUUUGUCUUGGUUGGUCACUGACAAGGUCCACGCUCGUGACUUGUCGACCGCAUAA